UUAUAUUUGCUCACAUAUGAUUAAUAUAUAUAUAUGAUUAUGUUCUUGCUAAUUUCUAUUUUACUAGGAAUUUCGGUGGCUUCCUUGGCCUUCUUUACGACUGGCAGUGUUUUCUUUGUUGCAGCACUAAUAACUUGUCUCUACGUAAAAAGAGAAUUUUCCAGGAAAAAGUACGGUAAAUAUGUACUAGAUAGCCGUUCCCUUGGUGAAUCAGCUUCUCAAAUCUAUACUAGAAUGGAAGAAAACGUGUAUCAGGAAUGUGAGCAGUUGUCAAUUAUCUAUAAUGAUUCAACUAAUUCGAGUUACCUCAGUCAAUAUGACAGAUCUCAUCUACUCGAAGGAAUAAAAGAAAACAAUGCGAAACCAUCCAUACUGUCUCUCCUGAAGAGGAAAAAUAAAUGUUCUGGGAAAACGGCAAAGCCAGGAUAUAUAUACGUAAUUGGAUCACAAGAAAACAUUCCAGAAGUGGCUUCAGGAUCUGGAGAAGCACCACUCCGUUUACAAAUAACAGCAGAACCACCCCUUCAACCAAUGCGUCCUCUUCCAUUACCAAGUUCACACAUUGCAAGAGCAACAGUCCAUACAUAAUACUACUAUUGGACUUUUGCGAGAAGCACUGACUUUUACAGCUGACACUUUGACAUUUAAACCUGUGUCAUGUAUGGAGGUACAUAAUUGAUAAUGUUUAGAUAAAUAGUGAUAUCUUAAAAGAGCUUCCGAACAUAGUCCGAGUGUAAAGAUAAACCGUCAAUUGUAAAAGUCAGCGGUCCUCGCAAAAGUACAUUACCGCCACCCGGCACCAUCCAAAACAGAUAUUGAAAAACAUCUAUGACACAUAUGAAGCUCUCUGGUGAUUUUUAAAAGAAAAAAUAUGAUGAAAAAAUAAAUUUUAAAAAACCCUUUCUUUUAAUGUUUCAAUUUAAUUUA